AUGACACAGGUUUACAAAUGUAUCAGUUAUCGGGAAUUCUGUCGACGGGUGAUGCGAAAGAGGCCGGCCAUGGAGGACAGCAAAUUGGAGACCCCACUAAAACGCUGUUUGAAUGCACCUCAACUUACACUGUACUGUGUCGCUCACAUGAUCGGCGCCGGAUUGUACGUACUGACGGGUCAACUGAUUCGUGACUACGCUGGCCCAGCUACCGCCUUGGCCUAUCUGGUCUCGGCGCUCACUUCUAUAUUCACUGCAUUGUGCUACGCAGAAUUUACCACUCUGUUCCCACGAGCCGGAUCUGCUUAUCUUUACACAUAUUUGAUGUUUGGCGAACUGCCCGCAUUUCUGACCGGAUGGACUAUGAUCGCUGAUGUGAUCGUCUCGUCAGCUGCCGUGGCCAAAGCAUUCUCUGGUACCAUUAACUGGCUCACGAACGGGACUAUUCGUAACUGGUCAUCGACCCAUCUGAUUAACAUGGGUAACUCUCAUGUCCUCGACUCAUCUCCCGACCUGGUUGCGGGGGGAUUCCUGCUGGUGCUAGUUUUGAUCACUCUGACUGGGGCGAACAUCUCGCUCACUGUGAAUGCUGUUCUGUCAGCCAUACAAAUCUGUUGUUUAAUCAUUGUCACAAUAUCAUUUUUUGUGCUCGGUUCACCGGAGAAUUUUCAGGUCGAAGGUGGUUUUCUCCCAUUCGGUAUUCGUGGAAUUCUACGCGGUGCCGGGCUCGCGGUGUUUGCCUUCUCCGGAUUUGAGGCUGUGGCCAAUGCAAGUGAGGAAUCCAAGAAUCCGAGGCGCGAUUUACCGAUCGCUUUGUUCGCGGCUUUACUGAUCUGUGGUCUGUUGUAUGUAGGCGUCUCAUUCGGAUUGGCUUAUAUUGUGCCCAGAAGCGGUAUCGUGUACGAUGCCCCGUUUGUGGCCGCUUUCUCUUACGUCAAUCAACCAGGCUUGAUGUGGUUUGCCGCGUUCGGAACGCUAUUGGCGACCGGUGCUACCAAACUGGUCGCCAUGUAUGUCAUUCCACGACUAUUUUAUGCAAUCGCUUCCGACGGCCUAUUGUUCAAAUGCAUGGCUUGUGUGGAACACCGGACCAAAGUUCCCAUUCUCAGUCUGUUGGUUGGAGGUCUGAUUACCAUCCUACUGGCUGUGUUUAUCCGAAUCCAGGUUCUGGCCGAAUUCACAUCGGUUGGUGUGAUUUUCUCCUACUUUUUGAUCGGAUUAAAUCUGAUGGUUUUGCGUUAUCUGUUUGUGGAUGAACAUCAUGUGAUCGACAAUGAUCCUACGGAGAAACGAGAUCUAGCGGAGUGGCAGUCUACAAUGAAACGCGAAGAGGCACAGGCUUCGUUGAUUCCUCCACCGACCGAGUUGUGGUUACGUCCAUGCGUACCAAACUGCCUGCGUUGGAUCGACACACGUCAGUGUUUUAAUGUGGUACUGGGCACGUACAUCUGUGCGGUGCUCUGUCUGGGAAUAACAAUCAAUGUGUUUUUCAUUCACCAAAUUCCGUGGUUAUGGAUUCUCAGCCUGAUAUUUAUCGUUCUUUUGAUCACCAGCUUUCUGGUACUCUGUGCAUACGAACCUAUGCGAUACAAGAAAGGAUUUGAGGUAGGUGAAUGA